AUGCCGAGCGCGCUCCUCACCGCGCGCGCUCUCACCGCCGCGGCGGCGAUCGCGUCAGCAUGCGCGCUCACGCGCGUCACCGGCGUCGACGACUUCACCGGCGCGACCGCGCGCUCGACGACCGCGCGCGGCGACUCGACGACGACCACCACGCUCUGCACCUUCGAAGCGCGGCUCCCGAGCGACUGCGCGUGCGCGGCCGCGCUACGCCCGCCGUCUCCGCGCGCGGGCGGCGGGAUCCUCUUCCCGUCGUUAUCCCCGGGCGUGAACGCGUUCUACUGCUCGGACGCGCUCCUCCGCGACGACGACGACGACGACGACGACGACGACGACGCGAACGGGGACGCGCUCGCGCUCGCACAGCUGUCCGUGCUCGUGGAGUGCGAAAAAGGCUGCGCGGCGACGACGCCGCCGCUGAGCCUCGCGGCCGUGACGCCGCCGCCGACGCACGCGCGCGGCGGUCUUCAUCGCCAUCACCUCGGCUCCCUCAAGGUCGAGCGCCGACGGAGGACGACGCUCGCGACGUACGCGUCGACGGCGGCGGCGGAGCGAAAAGACGCCGCGCCGCUCGCGACCUCGCCGCCGCCGCCGCCGCCGACGACGACGACGACGACGACGACGACGACGCGCGCGUCGCUCGCCUCGAACGCGGUGAAAGCGUUGGCGGCGGUCGUCAUCCUCGUCGUCCUCCCCGCGCGGAGAGAUCUCCUCGAGCUCGUCGUGCACGUGUACGAGCCGGCGCUGCGGCUCGCCCGCGAAGUCGCCCUCGUCGUCGUCGGCGCCGUCGCCCUCGUCGCGCUGGCGGCGGAAACGGCGCUCAAGACGUGCUACCACUACUGCCGCGGCAGCCACUACUGCCGCAGGAAGCUGUCGCCGUCGUAG